AUGAAUCAAGUGAAACGUUUGGACGAGUGGAUCGCCUCGCGGCCGAUUUUAAUCGCCUCGGUGACUUUUACGAUAGGGAUAACGCUCACAGCGAUCGCUUUUUUAGUGACCGGGAUACGCGUGAGCACGGAAGGAUGGAACGUGCGAGGGACUUUAAUCUCGAACAGAUACAUACAGUUUGAAACGUUCGUGGAAUCGGGGAGUUGCGACGACGGCGCGUGUUACGUGAACCCGUACAGACUCAACGCGAACGCUCUGUCUGCUCCAAAAACCAACUCCUCUCGUCGGCUUCUUCGCAGGACCGUUUUAGAGUUUCCGACGCAUCCUCUGUGCGAGGAUUUAUCGUAUCACGGAGAUGUUAUGUACCCGAAUUUAGAUGUAGUGUUCAUGGCGAACGACGAAGGGGUGGAUUUAUUUACCGCGCAGGCAUUUCGGAAGAUGUGCGAAGUAGAGGAGAACAUCAUGGGACAAACGAAUUGGAACAACUAUUGCAGAGGAGGAGCAGCGCCGAACCAAGUGGAAAACUGUUAUUUGAGCGAUUCGUCGUUGGAAAAUCAAGCGCCUUUGUAUUACACGAAAACGAUGGUAGACGACAGCGGGACGCAAAUGUACGCGAGGGGAUGUUAUAACGCGAAUUCGUACCCUCAAAUGGUAAAACACGUUUUGUCGUUGAGUUCGUGCGAAGAGAUUGAAACGAAUACCGUAUCGGGGACAGUCAUCGCGAAUUUAAAAACGGCGGUUUUGGCGUGCGUGGACGUUUUAGCGACGGAUAGUAACGGUGUUUGCGCGACAUUGACGUCGACAGAUUUGGGAAUACCUGGUGCGGAAGAUGCUGUGGACGCGGUGACGUUUGAGCCGCGCGAGUAUUACAUCAGCGCGUUUCUAAACGGGAAGUUUUCCAGCGAUUUCCCAAAUUUAGUCACCACGAGGAGCUAUUUACCCAUGGAUUGGUCGAGAAGUUCGAUGGAAAACUCGAUGAAAUACUUGGUCAAUUUAGGCGAUAAGAAGAACGUUUUGGAAGUCUCCAACGAUUUGUUCUACACAAUUUACGGGUCGGAAAACGAUUUAUACGACUACGUCACAGACAUUGAGUUGUAUAGAGAUAUGCUGUUAGCUUCGGGAGCAGUUAUUAUCAUCUUGGUAAUGAUUAUUUGCCACACCGGCUCGUUAUUUCUAACGUUAGCCGCGGUGUCGCAAAUCGUGUUGAGCUUCCCGGUGGCGACGUUCUUCCUAAACACAGUUUUGAGGAUCAAAUUCUUCCCGUUUCUGAAUUUCAUCGGUUUGUUUGUCAUCUGCGGCAUCGGUGCGGAUGAUUGUUUCGUCUUUCUCUCGAAAUGGGAUCAAGCGAAGGCGCGACUACCGCCAAAAUCGCCGGCGAAGGAUGUCAGCAAAAUGUGUUACUGGGACGCCACGUAUUCCAUGUUUCUCACUUCGACGACCACUGCCUGUGCAUUUUUCAGUACCGCUGGGUCGUUGAUUCCUCCGGUGCGCGUGUUUGCAAUUUUUAUGGGAUGCAUGGUGGUUUUCGAUUAUAUUUUUGACGUGACCAUAUUCGCCGCUGCGGUGGCAUGGCAACACGACAAGAAGAUUGAGUUGAAAAAAAGGCGAUACGAGGAGGGCAGUAAAUGGGCCGGGUGGAUGCUUUCGAUAUUUUUUGAAAUGCCUAAAAUAAUUAGACGACCGCAGUGCGUGAAACCAGAUUUAGACGACGAUACGAAAGAUGAUGAUGAGGAACGACAAGAACAAAAAUCACCAAACGAGAAUGGUGGUAUCAGAGGUAACAAGAGCAGAUUAAUUAGUGAGAACGUCUCUAGAGAGCUCGUAUUCCCGGUCGUGUACAAACUCAGAUACGUGCUCGUCAUUGCCGCCAUCGCGUUAGGAUGCGCCUCGUCCUACGGCGGGUCCAAAUUAUCGUUACCGACGGACUCUUCGGUCGAGUUACUCCCAGAUGAACACGUUUUGACGAAAUACUCGCGAGUUAUGCGUUCUUCAUUCAAAUCCGCCACCGAAUCGCAAAUAGAAGUGGACGUCGUUUUCGGUUUGCAAGCGAAAGACGACGGCGAUUACAACGAUCCAUCCUCGGUGCCGAAUUUUGCCAUCGAUACGACUUUUGACAUGUCCGCGCCAGAGGCGCAAACAUGGUUGUACAACUUUUGUCAGAAAGGCAAGGCGAUUGCGUACGGGAACGAGUCGAGGUGUUGGAUGGAUACGUUUGUGUCGUGGUUAGAAGAUAUGGACGCGGCUUGGGCGUCCGAAAACGACGAUUCCCGAUAUCGCAACACGGGAGGUGGAACUGAUCAAUGUAUCAAUGAUUCAUCGUGCGAUUUUAAUUCCCAAUAUGCAUCUGGCGUGUGGGCCUGGAAAGACAAUUGCGCGCAGAGAAAAACACUGCCGAUACCGCAGGAAAAUUUCAUAGGAUGCAUUUAUGGAUGGACCAUGGACUGGAGUUCGAGCUACAACGGGGGCACGUAUUAUUUGAAAAACAACAAGAAAAUGAUCGAUUCGUUGUACAACGAGAGAUACGACAGUUCCGGCACAACACUUCUGGAAUCCUACGAUUCUGUGAAAAUGCUUCUCACAGUCGUUUCGUUUUCGCUCGAUAUUGGAUGGAACGAAGAAACGUCGUUAUUAAAAAAACGAUGGCAAACGUGGGAAUCCUUCAUUUACGAGGAACUCAAAACGGCCCCGGCUGGAGUUAAAAACGGAUGGCAAACCGACCGAGGCGCCUGGCGAUGGUUCGAUACCGUCGAGAAUAUGAACGACAACUUUCGCGAAGCGACGUUGAUGUGUCUAGGUAUCGCCCUCGGCAUCGCGUUGAUCUCCACCGCGAACAUUGUUGUCACUAUACUCACCAUCUUCUCCAUCGGCACCAUCCUCGCCUCGACCAUUUCCGUCGUCGUUUCCUUAGGCUGGACGCUCGGAUUCCUCGAAGGGAUUUGCCUCUGCAUCCUCAUCGGUUUAUCCGUCGAUUUUGUCAUCCACAUGGGCCACGCCUAUUGCGCCGCCGCCGAACGAGGCGUCCACACCCGAGUCGACCGCACGCGAGAAGCUUUCGCUCGCAUGGCUUUCCCCAUCGCCUCCGCCGCGUUCACCACCUUCGCCUCCGCCUGCGUCCUCUUCUUCUGCACCAUCACAUUCUUCCAAAAAUUCGGUACCAUCGUCAUGAUUUCCAUGGUUUGCGCGUUGUGCGUCUCGUUGGCGUUUUACGUCGCCUUAUUGUCGGUGUUAGGCCCGGAAGGGAGCUUCGGGAACAUCCGAGACUUUAAGAAUAUGUGUUCGUGCAAACCGACAAAGUCGUCUGGGCCAAACUCCUCCUCGCGACCAGGAAACCAAGAAGAACAAGAACAAGAACAACUAGAGAGAUAA